AUGACGACAGGCGAGGAGGCGGCAUCGGCGACGCAUGGAAGCGAUAUGGCCGCCGCGAUUCUGCGGUCGCCGUCGCCGCUGCGGAAAACGAGCGGACGAAUGUACACCGCUCGGGAAAAGAGUGCGCACUUGCGGGCAACACCCGCUUCCGAUGUGGUGUUUUCGUCCGUUAAGGGCGGCGGUACGGAAGAUACAGAGUCGAGCUUCGUCAGCUCGUCUGCCGCCUCGCCCGCCGAGCGUACGCCCAGCCAAGUUUUUUUCUUCGAGGGCGCCCAGCCAGUUUUGGACGAGAACAAUGGAAGCAGUAGUGCGUCGCCGGAGAAGGUACUGCUGGUGGAUGACGCAGUCCCCCAGGGCGGAACAAAUUCGCUGGCUGCUGGUAGUACCACCUCCUACUCAGACGCGCGCUCCGGAUCUGGAUCAAGUCACCCGGAGGACAUAAGACGAAGCGAAGCUGCAUCUUCUACUUCGGGUGCCAGUGCGGUGAGCCGCGGUGGUGUUUUUCGUACAACAACCGGGACGAAGAUGAUGAUGAACACAGCGGCGGGGAGCAGCAGCGUUGCUAAGGACGACAAGUAUAAAAAGUAUAUGAAGGCGGUUGCAUCGGUCACCAGCCCGGACGCUGCUGGGGCGACGACGAGCGGGCAAGAGCCUAUUGAGUUUUUCGAUAUUGCCACCCCGGGAACAAGUCUGGUGCACUCAAGCUCGUCGCAGAUGGAGCGUCGAAUCUCUUGGCUCAUGGAUGGCAACAGCCACUCGACACAGUCACUGCUGCUCGAGACCAAAUCGCAGUGUAGUUCCACGGGGCCGGCGGCCAAGGUGGAGCUUUCUUGCGCGAAGGAGCAGUCUACUGCGGUUCAUCCCGUCCGGUCCUCCGAGGCCGCUCACGUUGUAGCCGAGAAGCCUAGUAGUCCAGACACGACGUCGUGUAGAGAGCAUGAGAAGUGCAGGGAAGAUGAGAUCAUGUUGUCUAGUAAGGGCAGGGAACACGAUCGCGCAGCAGCGACAGUGUCUACUUGUAGUGAGCAAGGACCUGCUCCGAGGAUAUCUACUUCACCGAAGGUGAAGGAGGACGAGCUACCUGCCUCUGCUUCCUCCGUAAAAACUUCUUCGACGACUUCUUCAUCAUCACAGCGCGGUACAACGUUCACGAAGAAAUUCAGGAUACCGCCGAUGUCGAGUAUAGACGAAGUCACGAAGACCAUCGCCGCAUCGACGCCGAGUUGGGCCGCGACACUGGAUGGUAGUGACCUGCUUCAUUCAGCAACACCACAGGAUCAGGACGCAACAGAAUCCGGUCCUCCAGAUCGUCCGAUUCGACACGCAAAAGGGGAUGAAGCUAGCGACGCGACGGCAGACGAUCAGUUUGAACCACUGGUGAGUGGAAAUAAGCGGGCAAAGGCUGCUAGUGUUGUACCGGCUGAGGGGAUAAAGAAGAACACGACAUCAAAUGCCGGAAAAGGAAUGACAAUUUCAUCAUCAAGUUCAAGCGUCGAGGAAAUAAAGAUUGGUGUGCACCUUCCACCGAGGAAGUUCGUGCAGUGGCCUCCAACGUCUCCUGAUACUUCGGAUAACAUUCAGGACAUAGAGGUGGUGCUCCUGAAACAGGAGGUGGCGCGAGAGAAAGACUUGCGCCUGGCCCAGGAGCUGACAACGUCGGAGCUUCGUGAGGACGCUGCCAGGCGAAACAAAUCACAUGUGGCCACGGUAAGGUUUAGUUCUUUCCGAAUCUGCAAUAUGCACGACGAAUAGAGAGUCUUAGUUGUCUUACAUCUUCCGAAUCGGAUCCUCGUAUCUUCACGUGCGCUUGUUAUUGAAUGAAGUUGUUCUGGGUUCUUGUUCCUGCUGAUGCUGAUCUGCGUAGAACCACUACACAACCAGGUAGAGAAGCUUGGCGAAGUUCAAAGUGCGUUGUUGGAGAAGGGACGGGAGGUCAAGCGCUUGCUUCUGCUGCACGGCAGCACAGAAAAAGAAAACGUUGCAUUACGGCAGGAAAUCGAGAGACUGCGACAGAAAGUGCAGGACGGUGCUGAGAAGUUACGCGUGGAGGUACUUUACUUACCUGAUUGGAAUAGAGGUCUUUUCGAGAGAUUCCUGACUACAUACGUUUUUUAGUGUACGGACGGAAGUACAUGAUUGAUUCUUGCUAAGGAUCUGUGUAUUGUCCUUUCAGCCCACAGUUGUUUAUUCUACCGGGAAGUUAAAUAUACUUUUACUUCCUUCGCGUUUUCUUUCAUCGCAGGACGACUUGGAAAGGGAGGAAACGGAGCAACGGGUGAGGAGUUUGCGCAAGCAGGUGGAGGAAGCAGCCUUCGCUCAGCACGACCAGCGACAGGAAAAUAAUGCUUUGCGCGAGCGAGUUGCUAAGUUGGAACAGAAGAUUGAGACGGGCGAAGCGGUGGUGAAGCAGCUGAGACACGAGAAGACCGUCGGCAGCAAGAAAUUUGCCGAGACCAAGCAUGCGCUGCACAAGGCCGAAACGGAACUUGGCGUGGUGCGGCAGCAGCUCCAGCACGCAGAAAGUAUGGCACGAGUGGACGGCGCGCAGGGGAGCAAAGAGGUUGCCCAUUUGAAGAAACACAUGCUUGCGAUGAAGGACGAAUUCCUCAGACGGGCGACCGAAUGGAAAGACGAUCUCGAUGGCAAAAAAGCGGAACUGGCGGACGCGCAAAGACUCGCGAGCCAUCUGCAGGCGAAAUUGCAUGAACAGGCCGCGCAGUUGGAGCAAGGUCGGGCGCCGGGAGAUCAAGUUGUCGCACAGGUACCGCCCUCCUCGAGACCAACGUCGUCCUCCUCAUUUUCGGCGGAAUCGAUUGCGAUUCAGGUAUCAUUUCCUAGUUGAGUACUUUAUUCGCACGACUCACUUAAUAUAGCGACUGGGACCGUCGACGAGAAUGUUGAGAUGAGAUACGAUAGGUAGAACAUACAAUCUCCCUGUCGUUCUUGCCGUUGGGUCUAUACGGAAAACGACAGAGUUGUCAGGAGAAACUUUCAGGCGGACGACUUGAUGCAAUUUUUUCUUCAGGACUUGGAAGCUCGGCUCAGUGAGCGCACAAUGCGGGUGCACGUCUUGGAAAAAGAAAACGACCAGCUGCGGAGUGAGCUAGCUGAUUUUCGAGCCGAGCGACAACGUGCCGUGCUCCAGCUGCGCGAGAAGGCGGCCAGCUAUGACCGCAAGCGUCAGGAAGCCAAAGAGUACCAGCGCCUCUUGGAACAGGCACAGUUUCCGGCUCCAUCACGCUAGGUGUGAGAGGUGGCUCCAAAAACGCCGUCACCGUGCACUGUUGCAUGUCAUACUUUUCAAAGACAGCCCAAUAAGAAAGCGCCCGUGCAUACUAACUCUUGAGUACGCGAAAAUAUUAUAUCUCCAUCCAAAUCGUGCCAACCGCGAAGCUCGCGGCUGCUUGAGCGCGCCGCUUUUAGAAAU